UGUCUCUCCUGAUCCGAUUUAUAUGAUUGUAAACGGCAAUCUUUUCAAAUACAUAAUCCCAGAGAUAAUAUAAAAACAACAAAAUUAAUAUUUACAAGUUUACUUACAUUAUCCACUUAAUCCGCAGAACACAGUCAUGCUACUGAAAAUUUCACCGAUUUUGAAAUUAAUCCUCUGUUUUUUCAUUGGCCAUUCUUACGGCGCUAACAUUUUGGGAAUUAUACCUAGUGCUUCGUUUAGCCAUCAAUUAGCUUAUAUGAAAUUAUGGCAAGAAUUGUCUUUAAAAGGACACCACGUUACUGUUUUAACUACAGAUCCCCAAAGAAACGCCUCAUUAGUCAACCUAACGGAGAUCGAUCUCAGCAUUGGCUACCAAUUCAUCAAAGAAAAAUAUAAUUGGUCGAAAAUCAUUAUCGACCAAACCAAUCCGUUUACUUUUUUGAAACAAAUGUUGCACAUGAUGUACGAAGCUACGGAUUUGUAUUUGGGACUACCCGAAGUUCGUGAUUUAAUUCACGAUAGGAAUAAACGGUUCGAUUUGGUGAUGGUCGAAGGCAUUUUUCCUGAAUGGUUAAUUUUCGGAGAAAUUUUUAACGCUCCCACUGUCUCGCUGAUGUCGCUUGAAGGCACUGUUCAGGUUCAUAGAAUGUUUCAAAAUCCUACUAAUCCUGUUGUUUAUCCAGAAGUAUAUAUACCUUUUGUCGGCCAACUUAACUUCAAGGAAAGACUAAUUUCCACAUUAUUAAGUUGGAUCUUUGACUACAUAAAGUCUCAAUACACAUUAAGAAGACAAGGAGUUAUAGACAAACAUUUUGGGAACAUGUCUGUCUCUAUAGAAUCUCUUACUUCAAAACCUAGUUUACUAUUCUUAUGUGUGAAUCCAAUUUUACUUAUUCCACGUCCAUAUUCACCCAGAACGAUUGUCGUUGGUGGUAUGACUAUACAGGAUCCAAAUAAACUUCCUCAGGAUGUACAGGAAUUUCUGGAUUCUGCUAAAAACGGUGCUAUACUAUUUAGUCUAGGAAGCAACGUUAAAUGCGAGGAUUUGGGAGAAGAAACAGUGACAAGCUUUUUAGAAGUCUUAAGUCAGCUUCCUUAUAAAGUUAUGUGGAAGUUUAAUAAUCGAGAAAACCGCAUAAUUCCGCACAAUGUUAAAAUUUAUGAUUGGCUGUUUCAACAGGAUAUUCUACGUCAUCCAAAUGUAAAACUUUUUAUCAAUCAAGGUGGAGUCCAGAGUCUAGAAGAAGCAAUCUUCUUCUCAGUGCCUCUAGUCGGUAUUCCUGUCUACGCAGACCAGGAGAGCAACGUGAAACGACUACAACUCAAAGGCGUUUUGAAAAGAGUCUCCAUCAAGCCAAGACUGGAUCCCAAAGAGUUUAAAAACGCCAUUUUAGAAGUUAUGUCUAACCAGACGUAUGUCGAUAACAUGAAGAGAUUGAAUGAAUUGUGGAUGGAUCAGCCAAUGAACGGGAUAGACAAAGCAAUAUGGUGGACGGAGUACGUUAUCAGGCACAAAGGUGAAGUGGAUCAUAUGAUUAAUAAGGCUGAGAUCAAUACACCGUUUUAUCAGUUUUAUUUACUCGAUAUUUUUGGAUUAAUAUUUAUUUUAUGUUUUACUCUACUUUCUUUGACUGUUUUUUUGUGUAUACGAUUUUUAAGAUGUAGCUUUAGAAUAGCAGCCUAUUUACGGCAAGAACAUGGGCAAUUGCAGCUAACGGAGAAGACUUGA